CUCUCCAAUCUUGUAUUUGAAAAAAACACUUUUAUUUCUCUCUCUAUUUGAAUCCGGAUCCAGCGCCUUCCAUUCACGCGGCUCCAAACACAAACCCUAUCUUUCUUCGCUUUUUCUCUCUUCUUCUUCUUCUUCUUCUUCUUCUUCUUCUUGUACAUUCUCUGUUGUCCAUUUACGUCGCAACUGCAACUUCAACGAACUCAAAGCGCACAAUGAAGAAAGGAACGAAGAGAAAGGCUACUCAGAACCAACCAAAAUCUUCUCAAGAGAACAAGAAGCCACGAGCUAAGCGUGCCAAGCCUCAGUCCGAACCCGAGUACUUUGAAGAUAAGCGCAACUUGGAAGACUUGUGGAUAGAAACAUUUCCCGUUGGAACAGAGUGGGACCAGUUGGAUUCUGUCUAUCAAUUCAAGUGGGAUUUCUCUAAUCUCGAAAAUGCAUUUGAAGAGGGUGGUGUUUUAUAUGAGAAAAAGGUUUAUCUCUUUGGUUGUACUGAGCCUCAACUGGUCAUGUUUAAAGGUGAAAGCAAAGUUGUCUGCAUACCUGUUGUUGUAGCUGUUGUAUCACCUUUUCCACCAUCUGAUAAAAUUGGGAUUAACUCAGUUCAGAGGGAGGCUGAAGAAAUAAUUCCCAUGAAACAAAUGAAAAUGGACUGGGUUCCAUAUAUUCCCUUAGAAAACAGAGAUAGCCAAGUUGAUAGACUAAAGUCUCAAAUAUUUAUCCUAAGAUGCACUCAAAGAAGGUCUGCUUUAAAACACUUGAAGUUGGAUAGAUUAAAGAAAUUUGAGUACUGCUUGCCAUAUUUCUACCAACCAUUUAAGGAAGAUGAACUUGAACAGAGCACUGAGGUUCAAAUAAUAUAUCCAGCUGAGCCAAAGCCGGUCUUUUGUGAGUUUGACUGGGAACUUGAUGAGCUUGAGGAGUUUACUGAUAGGCUCAUACAGGAGGAGGAGUUGUCAGAAGACCAAAAAGAUGCAUUCAAGGAGUUUGUCAGAGAAAAAGUUCGCGAAGCAAGGAGAGCUAAUAGAGAGGCAAGAGAAGCUCGGAGAAAAGCCAUUGAAGAAAUGAGCGAGGAAACUAAAGCUGCAUUUGAGCAAAUGAGGUUCUACAAGUUCUACCCUGUUCCAUCGCCAGAUGCACCUGAUGUAUCAAAUGUCAAGUCUCCAUUCAUAAACAGGUAUUACGGAAAGGCUCAUGAGGUUCUGUGAAUGGCUUGAAGACAAUCACAACAAUAUCCUGGCUUGUUUUGCCUACCAUAACAUAUUUUGUUUUAUAUGAAGUCGAGGAGGCAACCUCCUGGAGCUUCCAUCAAAUUUUUUUUGUCGAAGUUGUCUAAACGGAAUGAACAUACAAUGUAAAAUUGUAGGUCAGAAAUCCUAGAGAAUUGUACCAGGUGUUAAGGAGGAAAUGAGACAUGUUUCUGGCAUCAAAUUUGUAGAGAAUUUCUGAGCUCCUUGGAGCAGCAGUUCAAGUGGCUCCUGCUAUCUUUAUUUUCGAGGUCAUUCUUUUUCCCUUCAAAAUUAGGUGUAUGACAGUUUUGAUUAGAAGCUAAAUGAGAAAAAUAAAUUUAUUUAUCGUA